GUGUGUGUAAGAGAGAGACAGUGUGUGUGAGGGUGUGUGUGUGAGAGAGAGAGAAUGUGUGUGUGAGUGAGAGAGAGAGUGUGUGUGAGGGGGUGUGUGUGUGAGUGUGAGAGAGAGAGAGAGUGUGUGUGUGCGUGUGUGUGAGAGAGAGAGAGUGUGUGUGAGGGGGUGUGUGUGUGAGAGAGAGAGAAUGUGUGUGUGAGUGAGAGAGAGUGUGUGUGAGGGGGUGUGUGUGUGGAGAGGAGAGAGAGUGAGUGUGUGUGUGUGUGUGUGUGUGUGUGUGUGCAUGUGUAUGAAAGAGGGAAUGUAGAGAGCGGGGCUGGCAUGCUGUAAUUUAUUGUGCUUUAAUAAAAUCCCACUCACUCUGUCACCCUGUCCUCCAGCGUCUGCCUCCGCGACGCGGUCAAAUUUCAUUCAUAUUAUUAUUCAUUUCAGAAAGCCACAUUUCCCCCCCCCCUUGAAGCCCACCAUGUUGUAUUUGGAUUUACGCUACUUUGGAUAGACAAAACAGUCACAAUAAUUUCUCUACCUGGCCUGGCCUGGUAAACACACAGACAUCAGAGAGGCCCCUUGGAGCUCAUGUUUAAAAGUUAUCUCUCCAUCACCCAAAAUGGCCGAAAUAAAUCAAUUUGUGCAUAAAAUGCAAACCACUCCAAUAGGCAGUGGUUUGGAUUAUUGGCAUGGAAUUGACGUACAUUAUUAGACGUGAAAGCAUUACUUUGUUGGCUGAAAGUAUUUGUCCCAUAAGUCCCCAUUUUGAUUGGCUAAGGCAGAGGUCCUCAAUCUUAUCCAGGAAGGGCCGUCGUGGGUGCAGGAUUUUGUUCCAGCCAAGCAGUGACACGCUGACAUUACUAAUCAAGGUCCUUAGCAACAACUACUCUAAUGGUUGAUUAGUAGAAUCAGGUGUGUAACUGCUCAGUUGGAACGAAAGCCUGCACCCACACCGGCCCUUUCUCGAUGAGAUCGAGGACCCCUGGGCUAAAGGUACAGGGGUAAGGUGAAUUCCUCUGGCCCGUAUUUAGCCAUAAAAAACUAACAUUUAAACGCCACAGCUGAGAACAGCGCAUAUAUCGUAUUACAGAUCCUGUCUUUGACACAUUGUCACGCCGAAGUUCCUCCUCGUUAGUUUCUUCGAAAAUGUGCCGGCACUGAUACCCCCUUCACGAACGUUUCAAACUGACGUCAUUCCAGCGUUCUAAUAAACUAGGCUGCAGAGCUGCAAGCGAAAGCGCGACCAUAAGGUGGAGGUCUCGAUCGGACGGGACACAAUCAUGACUGGGCCGCUGUCAUUGAAAGUUUGAGAAUCUUUCUGUUGCGCAUUUCGGAAAAUGCGUCCGUGACAACGUAAUGCUGGAAUAUCUACAGACGGGAGGCAAAUUGCGCGUUCAGUUGAGUUAGAGUAGCCAUCAACUUUAUUCUGUCAUAAUGUGUUCCUGUGCAAGGCAUUCCUACACAAUGCUGUGAUUUCGAGUGCAAAUCGUGAUCUAUAUUUAUGGUGUCCCUAACUCUUUUCUUUGCAGCACGUAUUGCAUGACCGGAAUAAGAGAGUAUUCAGCGAUAUCGCCUAUUGUCCGUUCUGUGAAACGACGACAUUUCCCGUUUUUAUUCCCGUGAUCUGCAGAUGGUGAAUCCAAAACUCGUCCACCGUUUCCAGCUUGGGCUGUCUCUUUAAGACAACGAUACUGCGAGCGUCUGAUUAAUUCAAUGUAGCGCGAUGCGUUAGCGGAGGGAAACCUAUUUUCUGCUGUUGCGGUGGACGUUAGACUGAAAGAGGGACGGAAAAACGCGCGAGACGAGGGAGCUUGAACAAAGACAAACGUUAUAGCUUCACGAGAUGUCGUCGGAAAAACACGGAGGUUACCAAGGUUUGGAAGAUGCUGGACGACAGAACCUCCCCCAGCAAAUGGGUCCGAUGCCGCCCCCCCCUUACCUGCCGUCCCAGGACCCCAACAUGCCCCCCCACCCCCAGCCUCCCAUCUGCGGGCCCCAGCCUAACUACCCCCCUCCCCCGCCGCCCCCCUCCUCAGAGGGGUACCUGCAGGAGACCCAGUUCCACUGUGGGCCCGGGGGACCCCACCAGGGGUACACGGUGCAGACGCAGGGGCCAGGGGGGGCGGUUCCCCACCCCCCCGCGGGGUACCUUCACGCGGGUUACCCCCUGCAGCUGCAGCCCUGCACUGCGUACGUCCCUGUCUACCCCAUCGGGGCAUCGGGUCAGCCCUACCUGCCUGGGGGAGGAGGCCACCCAGGGGUUGGCCCGGGGCAGAUGGUUGCCCCGGGGCAGAUGGCCAUGCAGAUGCCCCCGGGCAUUGCCCUGAUGGAGCCGCGGCGACCGCCACACGACUACCUGCCCAUCGCCGUGCUCACCACCGUCUGCUGCUUCUGGCCCACGGGCAUCAUCGCCAUCAUCAAGGCCGUGCAGGUGCGCACGGCGGUGUCGCGGGGGGACAUGGUCUCCGCGGAGAUCGCGUCCCGAGAGGCGCGUAACUUCUCCUUCAUCAGCCUGGCGGUGGGCAUCGCCUCCAUGGUGCUGUGCACCAUCCUCACCGUGGUGGUCAUUAUCGCCUCGCAGCACCAUGAGGACGAGUGGGAGCCCUGAGCAGGGGGGCGGGGGGGGGGGGGGGGGUAACCACGGCGACCACCACAGGCCCUGCGGAGGGGAGGGGUCAGUGUUCACUCAGUUGCAGGUGGAUUCAUUAAUCGGUCAAAGAAAAGAAACAUACUCAUAGAGCUUCAGUGAUAUUUAGCUUUUUUUCCGUUUUGUCAGUUCAUUAAUUGAAUUCCAGUUCCCCGUGAAUUUUCCAGAAAUGAAACAGGAACAGGACCUCAGCUGCCCUGCUGGGACAGGGGCAGGGGUUUGGGGGUGGGGAGGCGGUCCCACAGGGUGGAGAAGGUGUCCCAAUGCCUGCAUCGUACCCGGACUGCAACACCAAUGCUGAACACACACACACACUCACUCACUCACACACACACACACACACACACAAACGCUCUCACACACACACAAACGCUCUCACACACACACACACACACACACACUCACAUUCACACACUCACACAAACGCUCUCACACACACACUCAAAUGCACACGUACACACGUGUGCGAAAGAGGUCUGUUUUCAAUCGCGCGUUGAGUAGAAAAUACAUAGCAAUGUAGCGCUGUUGAAAGACGCAAAGUGGACUUGUGCAGGUACCUGCUACAGGGGUAGUUUACAUCACAUUGUUUCACAGAGUUGCCAAAUGCAGUAUGACACAGAAGAUGCUUGUCCUCCUGAUGGAGGAAUCAUUCAAUCACACAAUCAGCAGCUAGCUACUAGCGACCUGGCUACAAUAAUUCAUAUGUAUUUCUGAGAUUGCAUUUUUAUUACAUUUUUUGCUUUUAUUUCAUUUCAUAGUUAUGAUCUUUGACUUCAUGUGCAAUAUACAGUUUUGUUUAUGUAAUUACCGUAAUGUAAUUACUCUUAAUAUGUUAGCCGUCCGCCCAAAGUGUGAGCUCACAGCUGUAUGGUCUGAUCAUGGAGGGGGUUUUUCUGUGCUCUCUCUCUGGACUGUUAGAAGGAAGGGGGGGGGUGGAUGAGUGUAUUUAGUGAUUUGAAUUGGUGAUGGUUGAGCCAGCUGGCAGAUAGGCCAGGCCUCCAGCUGCUGUCCAUUCCACACUAUCUCCAAAACGUCCCAGCUGAGCUAGGAAAGCUUGGCGGCCCACUCCUUGCACUUGGACACGAAGUCGAAUUCUGAAAACAAACCCCCUGAAAGCAGCGCUGACUAACUGCCCUUCUGGAAACAACAGUGCGUACCAUAUUUACGUCCAACGCUUUAAAUGCAGUGCACUUCUGCAUUAUAAAAAGUGCAAUAUAUUUACGUGUACGCGUUUGGGCAACAUCCUUUUAGUUAGUGUGUACAGCAAGGACCUGUUUGUUUGUUUGUUUCUUUAUUUAUUUAUUCGUUCUCCCUCCUAAAAUGAGACGCAUCUGACUGAAGGCCGGGGAAUGACAGUUCACACACUUUCCGAUCUUCAGCAUCCGCUUGCGUAAGACCGUCUAAGUCAGAGCCAAAAUGGCCGCCACGAACAGCCGCCGCCCCGCCCCCUUUUCCCUCCCAGCUCAGCAAUGCCGAGGGAAACUGAUACAGAAUGUUUUUUUUUUUUGUUUUGUUUUUGUUUAAUUUUGAAACUUAAAGGGAAAGUAGAGUGUGUACAUACAUGUCCAGCCAUUUUCUUUCUUUUCUCCAAAUGUUUCUAAACCUUUCCUCUUCACUCUUAUCUUUUUUUUUUUUUAACUUUCUCUCCAUCACUUGUGAUUUUUCGUCCGUCCCGCGCACAAAGACGAAAAACAAGCCUUUCGAGUCUUUCAUCGCUUUUUCAGCCACACUGCCCUUCUCUAGGAGUAAAAUAGUCAGAUAAAAUUUACUGCUAUUUUUUAAACGGAGGAAUAUAAUUCUAUUGUAAAAGCUUAAAAAAAGAAUUAGUCUAACUCUUGUAAAUAUGUGCAAUCAUCAGUGUGCCAGGUUAUUUAUUUCUGUAUUAAUUUAUUGAUUUAGUUAUUUAUUACGGAAUAAUGCCUUGUUACAAUUGCUAUCGAUAUCAUAUUAUUGUUAUUAUUAUUAUUCUGUGCACGUAAUCUAAUUUAUAUGGGCUAUGUUCAAGUUAAACGUUUUGAUUUUUUUCCAGAAGAUGCUGUUAGCCUUAGAGUGUUGGGAGACUACACCCCUUGCAUUGGCUGAAACCUGCUGUUCACGCUGUUAGGCGCAGGUUCCCAGCUAGCAUUGAUAGUAACUGUUUUCCGAAUAUCCCCGUGCAGUGUUUUCUCAGACUUCAGUGUUUUCAGAAGUGGUCCGUAACGGUGAGCUUGAUGGCUUUGAGAUGGGGGUGUUGUAACUAGUUGCUUACGGUUACCGCGAAAAACAAGGUAAUUGUUCUUUCGAAGCUUGUAACGUGUAUCGGAUUGCUCGUCCUUAUUAAGGUUGCCAAAUAUCUCGUGUACAUUUUGUAUUAUUUAUGAUUUUUUUUUUUUUAAACAAUGUAGAUUAUGGUCACAUGUGUAUUCGAUGACAUCUGCAGCAAAUGAAUUCAGUUGUUUGAAUAAAGGAGAAAAUAUUUGGUUGUGCAAGA